UCGCCGCUCACGGUGAAACCUGUUAAAAGUGUCUGAGAUUCUUCGGUUCUUCCUGAGCUUACGGUGAUACGACGUCACCCAGGUGCUGUAUAUCAAUUCGCAUAAACGCAUUCGUUACCAUUAACUGUUGCAUAUGUACUAAUGAAAUGUAGGACACAAAUAAUUUAAACAUUGUAACAGAAUACUUUUUAUUGUUGACGCGGAGAGUGCUUCUCGGAUUACUCGGGGGGGAAAAAACAACUCAGAGUCCUCCAUAAACUGAUGAUAUGCUGAUGUCAAGACUUUUCUAGUGUUGUAAAGGCAACCAGCCAAUAGAUAUAAUCCAUUUAACCGGUCCUUGGUCCGCCCCCACCUUAUCUGGCUCCACAGCUGAGCAGCAAUGUGUGAAUUUCAAACAGUUCAAACAAAUUCACUGAUAUCAACCCAGGUCUGCCAAACCCAACUAGUGUUUCAGAACAGCUUUUAUAUAAAUCUGUGGAUUCUAUUUUGCAGCACAGAUUUUUAACCUUAGUUAGAUGAAACACAUUUUACUUUCCAACCUUGGAGAAAUCAUUUAUUGGUAUAAAAAAUAAUGAUAAGUGAUGAGGAGGGGAAUGAUGACUUAAAUUCACUGUAAAAUCACAUAGCUAUAAAAUCCCACAGUGUGCGUCUAAACCCUCAAGUAUCUCACAUGGUGCACGGAACCUGGAUAAUAAGCCCCUUCGUACUGCAGUCUCACACAGCUAUUUCAUUCUUGAGGAAGCCAAAGAAACUCUAGCUUUAAAAAGACCUGACUACUGAAUCAAAACUGCUCAUAGUCUGUCAUUUCUCAUUGGUCAUUGUGUCGGUACAUGAAUGCCAUAACUGGGACCUGAAGCCACACCAGUUUUUAGGGUGCGUGCUUAGGAUUAUGAAACCUAAAUUGGUAUCAAAGCAACAGUAGCAGAAGCUUUUCGCCAGCUGAGGUUGCACUUCAUGUCAAACACGAUGAAGAAGUUGAUGCUGGACCUGGACACUGGUGUGGAUGACGCCCAGGCCAUCAUGGUUGCCCUGGCAGCCCCUGAUGUCCAGAUAAUGGGCAUCAGCUGUUGUCAUGGCAACACCCCGCUGGAAAAUGUCUUGAAGAACACCCUCCGGGUUCUGAAAGCCUGCAACCGCCUGGAUAUCCCUGUGUACCGGGGAAGCUCUGAACCUCUGGUGGGAAACAAAGUCCACGCUGGAGAUUUUCACGGGAAGGACGGGCUUGGCGAUGUACCUGAUCUAGACGCACCCGGCCUGGACCUGCUGCAGAAAGAGCAUGCAGUGCAGGCUAUCAUUCGGAUUGCCACUGAAAACCCUGGAGAGGUGACUCUGGUUGCCACAGCGCCCCUGACUAACCUGGCCUUGGCUGUCAAAAUGGAUUCAUCUUUGCCCUCAAAACUGAAGUCGCUGUACAUUAUGGGAGGAAACAUUGAAUCCAGAGGAAACACCUCAGUGUGUGGAGAGUUCAACUUUGUGGCCGACCCAGAAGCAGCCUUUGUGGUCCUGAGCAAAUACACCUGUCCCACCUUCAUCGCAUCCUGGGAGUUCACCUGCAGGAACAGCUUGCCUUGGUCUUUCUGCGACAAGUGGCUGGCCCAGGACACAGACAAGGCUCGAUUCAUGGAGAGGAUUUCCAGACACACUCGAAAGAUGGUUCAAACUGAGCGCUAUCAGAAGGAGCUGGUGUCAGGACCUGGAUUCAACACCUGUGAUGUCUAUGCGGUCGCCGUUGCCAUCGACAACUCCCUGCUGACAGAGAGCGAGCAGGUUGCCGUGUCUGUGGAGAGGGAAGGGACGUUCGCCCGGGGGAUGAUGGCUCUGGACUACAUGGACCAGCUACAUAAGGGGCACAAGGCCACUAUCAUGAAGAAAGUUGACCUUGAAAAAUACAAGCAAAUGUUGAUGAAGGCACUUGAGUAGGUGAAACAAAACAAAUCACAAUAAAAUGAUCAG